UGGCUAGAUGGUUAUCAGACAUCAUGGAGGAGAUCAUUGAGAAGACGUGGUUAAAGAGGAGCUUGCAAAAAUAUGAACCUCAAGAGGCAAUACUACUGCAUAACUAUGGAAGCCUAUGCUUCUUAUGGGGCAAUGAUACUAAUUCAGUUCGCUUAUGGUGGAGCAAAUAUCCUAACGAAAAUUGCCCUCGAGAAAGGACUCAAUCAACUAGUUUUUGUGGUUUACCGGCAUAUAAUUGCCAUGCUUUUGUUAGGCCCCUUUGCUUAUGUACUUGAAAGGAAACAUCGCCCUCCACUUUCCUUCUCAGUGAUCACAAAGAUUUUUUUGCUUGCAUCAUUUGGGACUACCAUCCACCUUAAUGUUUACUAUGCUGGUUUAGCAUACACUUCUCCUACUGUUGCAAGUGCCUUGAGUAAUGUUGUCCCUUGUUUGACCUUUCUCAUAGCAGUUAUACUCAGGAUGGAGACAGUGAAGAUAACAAGUACUAGAGGUCAAGCUAAGAUGUUGGGUACACUCGUUUGCAUAGGUGGGGCACUCACUUUUACCUUCUGGAAAGGAAGAUACCUAUUAAAAGGCUUUGUGCACAGACCUCUGAUAAACAUCUGUAGCACCAAUACAUCUGUUUGUGGGUUGAGCCAUGGCAAGGAUAACUGGAUCAAGGGCUCAGCACUUAUUCUGAUCAGUCACGUAGCAUGGAGUGCAUGGCUGAUUCUCCAGGCUGUGGUCUCGAAAGUCUACCCAGCACGAUUAUCGCUGAACGUGUUGAUUUGCUUCUUUGCAUCAUUGCAAUCUUCUUUCCUUGCCCUGUUUUUUGCAAGGAAUCCAACCUUAUGGAAGCUGGAAUGGAACAUGCAGCUAUUAACCAUCAUUUAUAGUGGAGUGGUGAUCUCAGCAUUAGUCUACUACCUGCAAACGUGGUGUAUCAGUAAUAAGGGACCAGUUUUUGCAGCAAUGUUUAGUCCACUACUCCUAAUUAUCGUGGGAAUAUUCUCGGCCAUUUUUUUUGCAGAGCGAAUACGGUUGGGAAGCUUGGCAGGAGCGUUUCUCAUCAUCGUGGGUCUUUACAUUGUACUUUGGGCCAAACAUGCAGACAAUGUUGUCACUAGAGUGACAGAGAAUGGAAAAGGCUUGAAUGACAACAAAAUGCUGCAGAUUUCCAUCAAUGAGACAGUGAGGAAUUCCGUCACGAAUGAAACGAAAUGAAAUAAGUGCAUUCGUUGGAAACAAACAGGUAGAUGCUUUAGUUUUAUUGACAUUUGGCAGCAAGUGAACGAUGCAUAUUGUAACCUCAUAUGAAAGAACUUCAGAAAUUUGCAGUGAAUUGGAACUUUAUUCACUAGCUUUAUGGACUAAUUGGUGAUAUUUGGAACUGAAAGAUCCCCAUUGAUAGGA